CCGCAAAAUGAGCCUGCUGUCGGCCAUCGACACUAGCGCCGCUUCGGUGUACCAGCCCGCCCAGCUGCUCAACUGGGUCUACCUGUCGCUUCAGGACACGCACCAGGCGAGCGCCUUCGAUGCUUUUCGGCCCGAACCGCCCGCCGGCGCCGCGCCCCCAGAGCUGGCCUUCGGGAAGGGCCGCCCGGAGCAGCUGGGCUCGCCCCUGCACUCCAGCUAUCUCAACAGCUUCUUCCAGCUGCAGCGCGGAGAGGCGCCGAGCAGCAGCGUGUACAAGAGCGCCUCGCCCUACGGCUCCCUCAACAACAUCGCUGAUGGCCUCAGCUCCCUCACUGAGCACUUCUCGGACCUGACCCUCACCUCUGAGACCCGCAAGCCCAGCAAGAGGCCCCCCCCCAACUACCUGUGUCACCUGUGCUUCAACAAAGGACACUACAUCAAGGACUGCCCCCAGGCACGUCCCAAAGGCGAGGGUCUGACCCCGUACCAGGGCAAAAAACGCUGUUUCGGCGAGUACAAGUGUCCCAAGUGCAAGAGAAAAUGGAUGAGCGGGAACUCGUGGGCCAACAUGGGGCAGGAGUGCAUUAAGUGCCACAUCAACGUGUAUCCACACAAGCAGAGACCCCUGGAGAAGCCCGAUGGCCUGGACGUGUCCGACCAGAGCAAGGAGCACCCCCAGCACCUCUGCGAGAAGUGCAAGGUCCUGGGCUACUAUUGUCGCCGGGUGCAGUGAGCCGGCCCCGCCGCCGCAGGAGACGCCCCUCCCUGUCUGCCCGCCUUGCCGCGUGUCCUUGUGUGCGUGGGGGCAGCCUCGCGGCCUUACACACCGGGCAGGGGUGUCUUACGCUCUCGUCUCGUGUGUGCUGACAGUGUUACGGACACGGCCGCCCCCACGGAACACCGGCUCUCUGGGGCUCUCUCCAGGUGGGCCUGGGGUCUGUGUGCAGGAG